UUGUAUUUAAUUGUUACUUGGAAAAGUUUAAGAAUAUUCUUUUCAGCUAUGGUGGAGGAUCUAACUUUUGGGGUGGAACAAAAGAAGAUGAUGUAUUUUAUGCUCCCGCUUUUGAUGAUAAAAUAUUAGAAGUAGUUGCUGUGUUUGGUACUGUCCAAAUGGCUGCUUCAAGAGUAAUAAAUUUGCAACAUCAUAGAAUAGCUCAGUGUAGAUCUGUAAAGAUCAUCAUAAUGGGAGAUGAAGGUGUUCCUGUUCAAGUAGAUGGUGAAGCUUGGAUCCAGCCUCCUGGUUACAUUUGUAUUGUACAUAAAAACAGAACACAGGUUCUCUGUAGAAACAGGCAACUUGAAACAUCUAUGAAAAUGUUGCAUGAAAAAAGGAACCCAAACCGCUGCAUGCAAGUAGGUCCUUUAAGUGAUGAAGAAAUUCAACUUGUAGCUCCCUUUGCUGAAGCAGUUUUAAGUCUUAUUAGAAGCAUUAAAAUAACAGCAAUAUCUCAUUCUGCUGUUGAACAAGAGUUACUGCCUAUUGCUCUACAAGUUGCUAAUUGCAUAGAAAAAUUGUAUCCUGGAGGUAAAAUAGCAGAAGGGAAUGUUACACGGCAAAUUUUAACUGACCUAGUCUUUGCUGUUCGACAUCUGUUACAAGAAGUGUCGAAUUUUCCUCGAGAAAAAGGCGAAGAAAUUCAAAUGGGAGAUGAAUUGGAAGAUAGACUAACAUUGUCAUGCAGUCGUGUAGAAAAGGAGCUACGGAAAUGUUUUGAAAAUCAAGGCUGGAUAUAUUUUCAUAGUGAUGAAGAACCUGUCAGCCAAGACCAGAAAAGGUACUACAGAGGCCUGUUCAAGCUCAAAUUCCGAAGUAAGCAAGCAAAAAGCAAAGGGACUGAUACAUCUUGUCAAGGUGGUGAAGGGUGCAACAAUACCAACACACCAUGCGAAGGGUCUGGUUGUGGAACUCCAACCGAGGCUGCAGGCAGCCUUUGUGGUGAUCCACUUGAAUCUUCAGUACUAACAUGGGGGACAUCUGAGGUAGCACUGUGGUUAGAAUCAAUUCAGAUGGGAGAAUAUAAAGACAGCUUCAUCAGCCAUGACAUUCAAGGACCAGAAUUAUUGCAUUUAGAACGGCGAGAUCUUAAGGAACUUGGUGUUACUAAAGUUGGCCACAUCAAGCGGUUACUACAAGCCAUUAAGGAUAUAACUUCUCAUUCUAUUGGACGUAAACUAGCUCUGUUAUGAUCAGCACUGUCCAUUCUGAUUCUUACAGAAUUGUAUCACGUGACUUUUUUAAAAGUAUAGUACAUUCCAAAAUCUGUCCUUAUUGAUUAAAUGCUUACUCUUGCCAGAAAUAUCUUGUGCUCAUCACUGUUAAUUAUUGCAGUUCCCUUCUUACCAUGACAUGCAUUAUCUUUUAAUGUUCGAAAUUUUUUUGUUAUUAUGAGUAUUUUAUAUCACAGAAAAGUAUUUAAAUUUCCAAAAACUUAAAGUAUUUAAUAUUAAAUAAAUAAUAAUCAAAUUUUAUAAUAGUUUGUGAUGUUCAGGAAAAAAAUAUGAUUUUUUUAAUAUUCCUAUGUGUAUCAAUUGAAAUAAUAUUUGCUUUUAGUCAUUUCAAGAACAAAUCCAGGUAAUGUGUAACAACUGUGAAUUUUAUGCAAUAUUUUUUAAAUAAAUUUUAAUGAGAGUAGUGGUAAAAUAUUCUUAUGCUGGCAUAUACAAGUGUGUCUCAAAUUUUGGCUAUAGUUAAAAAAUAUUUUGCUGCUUAAUUCAUUAUUUACUUGAAAAAUUGCAUUUUACUAUGUGACUGCAAUGUGUUGUUGUCUUUAUGUACAAGGCAAAGAAUCAUUUCAAAAUGACUGUCUUCCUCUAAAGUUUCUUUUAUAAAACGUAGUAUAAACAAUAAUUUAAUAUAUAAUUACAUUCUAGAAAGCUUAUAAUAAAUUUAUAUCUAGUUCUUUUAUACAAAUUCUGUUUUAAACAUAUCAGAUGCGCUUCUGUAAUUUUAUGAUUUUAGACUUUCAUGUAAAUAAAACAUUUUAAUUGAAAAAAAUUAGGAUGUUACAAAUAUUAUGAAAAAUUUAUUUUACUUUAAAAUGAGAUUUACUUCUGGGUAAAUGAUACUUAUAUUGCUGCAGUAUUCUUUUAUAAUCAAAAUAUUUAGAAUUAUAUUCCUAUUUCUAAAACUUUUGUAAAAUAUGCUGGUGUUAAAAUUACAGUAUUGUAUUCAUAAAAUUUAUGUAAAACUGAGAAUGAAAUUUGCAUUCCCAUUUGUAUUUGAAAUUUUAUGGUAAGACUACACUGCUAUUUUAUAUGAUAAAGUUUGACAGCUCUCUGAAUUUCAAGAUUCUAAGUUAAAUAUUCUUUUUUAUGAUUCAGAGAGCAUUAUUCCUCUGAAACUGAAUAAAAAUUGAUACAUAAACUUAAAUCAAGAAAUAAGUUCAUUCAAAUAUAUACCUAUUUUCAAAAAAUGAAAGACUGACUAUGAAAUUUAAAAAAAAAAAAAAUUGAAAACUGUGAGGAAGUCAUUGGUCUUGAUACAGUCUUUUUUCACCUCUGAUUUCAAGUAUAAACAAUCACAAUAUAUUUUAUUACUAUUUUCCUAGAUGUUGACUUUUGAAAUACAUGCGAAUUUUGUCAAAGAAUUUUGAAGCUGUUAUUUCCAGUUUCUGAAAGAGCAUUUCUUGUGAACUCCAUGACAGAACAAAACGUAUUAACUUAACCAAAUAUAUUGCCUUCAAGAAAGUUAGUGUUUUAUAACCAUGUGUAUAUAUAUACAUUAUAUUUGUAUGUGGAGUGAGUUACUGGUACCCAUUGCUGCUUGUGUAACUCACAGCACUUCUAUAUUGGGGUCCAAGGCAGUGAAAAAGGUGGGACUAUAAUUUGUAAUGGAUUUUGAAUAUCUGGUGUUUAUAGUAGUAACAGAGAAGUUUAUGCAAGAAAAGUAUAAAUUCAUGUAAAAAGUAAGUAAUGAAGAAUCAUUCUGUUACAAAUGAUUAUAACAAACAAUGUGAUUGACACAUAUUUACCUGUUAUACAUCAAAUUAAACUGUAACUAUCCGCAUUUCUUGAUAAACAUUAAAUUCUCAGCGCGAGAUCCUUUUGUCCGAUAAUGUGCAUCCAUUAUAGAGUAUGUUUUAGUCCAUUGACAUUGAAGCAUAUCCAGUGUGACUGAAAAGCUAAUAUGAAUAAUGGAUAUUAAAUUCAUCAAGAUUAGAUUGCAGUGACAUCCCAAAAACAAUGUUUAUUCCCAGAACAAAAGUUUGCAAAGUUUGCUAUGUCUGAUAAAUUUGGAAACAAAGUUAGAAACACAUUUGUCGUGUGCUCCUUUGGACUAUAGAUUGAAUGUGUGUCGCCUGAUAGAAAAAGAUCUCAUAUAGAACAUCUGUAUUACGUGACAAAAAACUUGAAUAGUCAGAGUUCAGCGUGAUGUAUCACUGGUACAUAUGCACCAAUUUUACUGUUUGUUUUAAUCAUUGGUAAUAGAAUGGUUAUUUUUCACUUAAUUAAUACUUCUUCUGUUUUUAAUUUGGUUAAUAUUUCUUCUGUUUUUAAAGUAUAAAAAUAAAUGCUUUAAAUUUUAAGUGCCUGUACUAAUGUGUCAUAUCAUCUGAAUUAUAACUUUCGUGAUCCAAAAUUGAAAAACUUUGUUUUGAGGUAUUAUAACAAUACAUAAUUUUUAAAAGCAUAAAUUAAGUUGUUCAGUAUUUGCUUGAUUAGUUUUUCACUUUGAUUUAAUCCUAACUUUUUCUAAGUACAUCUUAUACAUAGUUGAUUUUUGAUUGCUAUUUUAGCACUUGAAUUAAUUUUACUUCAUGCUCUAAUUUUUUUUUUCCCUAAAAGGGAAUAUUUUUUUGACAAUCAAGAUGUCAAAAACAAUCCUGUAGACAUAAAAUGUAAAAUUACAUUAAUUACUCAGUGCUUUUACUCUUUUAUUUGAAGUGCCUGUAAAUUAUGGGUUUAUGUGUCAAUAAUUGAUUGUCAUAUUUAUGCCUUAUUCCAUAUUGUUUUUGUCAGAUAUUGAAAAAGUCGUUAUACAGUCAAAAGUCGUUAAUCCGGACUCGUCAGGACUUCGGCGAUUCCGGAUUUGCUUUUUC